GCCAGUAGUUGUCGGAUGCUCAAAUCUCCAGUUUCUCAUCUCCGGUCAAACUCGUAUCGAGAAAGAAGAAACAAAAAAAAAAUGCAUUUGAGCGAGAACGAAGGUGUCGAAGGCAACACCUUCGUCGUCACCGGAGGCCUCGGCUACGUCGGCGCCGCCCUCUGCUUAGAGCUAGUCCGCCGCGGUGCUCGCCAGGUCCGCUCCUUCGACCUCCGCAACUCAUCUCCCUGGUCCGAUGACCUCAGAAACAGCGGCGUUCGCUGCAUCCAAGGUGACGUAACUCGGAAACAAGAUGUAGACAAGGCGCUAGACGGAGCAGACUGCGUUCUGCACCUCGCUUCCUACGGCAUGUCCGGCAAAGAGAUGCUACAGUUCGGUCGCUGCGACGAGGUCAACAUAAACGGGACAUGUAACGUCUUGGAAGCUGUCUUCAAACACGAGAUCACAAGACUCGUCUACGUCAGCACUUACAACGUCGUGUUUGGCGGUAAAGAGAUUAUAAACGGUAAUGAGAGUUUGCCUUAUUACCCGCUUGAUGAUCAUGUCGACGCAUAUGGUCGAAGCAAAUCCAUCGCGGAACAGCUUGUCCUCAAGAGUAACGGCCGACCGUUUAAAAAUGGAGGGAAGAAGUUGUAUACAUGUGCGGUUCGUCCAGCAGCUAUUUAUGGACCUGGUGAAGACAGGCAUCUUCCUAGGAUUGUUAAUCUAGCGAAGAUGGGUUUGCUUCUGUUCAAAACCGGUGAACGGAGUGUUAAAACAGACUGGAUUUAUGUUGAGAACCUUGUCCUAGCAAUUAUAUUGGCUAGUAUGGGACUCUUGGAUGACAUUCCUGGUAGAGAAGGAGAGCCUGUUGCUGCUGGUCAACCUUAUUUCGUCUCUGAUGGUUCCCCUGUGAAUACAUUUGAGUUUCUACGUCCCUUCCUACGAAGUUUGGACUAUGAUCUUCCCAAAUUUACUAUCUCUGUACCUGUUGCGGUGACCUUGGGUAACAUCUUCCAAGGAGUCUACACUGUUCUGUAUCCAUGGCUAUCAAAAAGCUGGUUACCUCAGCCGCUUAUUCUUCCUGCUGAAGUCUACAAGGUCGGUGUUACCCAUUAUUUCUCAUAUCUCAAGGCCAAGGAAGAGCUUGGAUAUGUACCAUUCAAGAGCUCCAAGGAAGGCAUGGCUGCAACAAUCUCAUAUUGGCAGGAGAGGAAACAGAGAUCAUUAGACGGUCCAACUAUAUUCACUUGGUUAGCUGUUAUACUAGGAAUGUCAUCUCUUUUCGCUGCGGGAUGGUUACCGGAAGUAGGACCUGUGCCUUUCUUAAGAGCACUAAGCCUCUUCUUCUUCCGGACCAUGACGAUGGUAAGGGCUGUCUUCGUCAUAUCAGUUGCACUACAUGUUGGAGAAGGAAUCUAUGCUUGGUCUCUGGCUAAACGAGUGGACCCGGACAAUGCAAUGGGGUGGUUCUGGCAAACUUCAGCUCUUGGGUUUUUCUCAAUGCGGUUUUUGUUGAAGAGAGCCAAAGACCACCACCAGGCUUGAAGUGAAACCAGUAUUGUUUUUGGUGUUGUAAUGUUUUCAAGAAUUUGAGAAAAUUUAUCAUAAAAAAGAUCUACAUUAAUCAGGAUA